UUGGACCAAUUCCUUGUCUCUUUUCAUAUUGCAUUCCUCUCUCUCUCUCUCUCUUAUUUUCUUUUCAGCUCAUCUUCUUCCAUUCAGACCCAGAAGAACAGAAGACGACCAUAAUGAAGACUCGUGCUUCCACCAAAAUCUCUGCAAAAUGGGUUCCCAUUUUCUCUAUCUUUUCCUUCCUUCUUGGCAUGCUCAUCACAACCAGGGUGUGGGAGCAACCUGAAUCAAACGGCAUGCUGAUUUCGAAGCAUCAACGUGAUCAAGAACUGCAAGUGAUCUCAGGUGACUGCGCCACCAAACAGAAGCAGCCAACUAAGGAUGCGAUGAGUGAAUUGUACAAGACACAUGAGGCAAUUCAGCAUGCCAGGGCUUUAGAUAAGCAGGUUUCCAUGCUACAAAUGGAACUAGCAGCUGCUAGGAGUUCUCAUGAAGCCGGGAUCUCAGACUCGAAUAGCACGGCCACUACCAUGGGGAUCUCGGGGGAAGGCCUUCCUAGGAAGAAGGCCUUUGUAGUGAUUGGAAUAAACACAGCUUUCAGUAGCAGGAAGAGGCGUGAUUCGGUUCGAGAGACUUGGAUGCCUCAGGGAGAACAACUUCUUCAGUUGGAGCGCGAGAAGGGAAUUGUUAUCAGAUUCAUGAUUGGUCACAGUGCAACUUCCAACAGCAUUCUAGAUCGAGCUAUUGAUGCAGAAGAAAACCAGCACAAAGAUUUUCUGCGUCUGGAACACGUUGAAGGGUAUCAUGAACUGUCUGCAAAGACAAAGAUAUUUUUUUCUACUGCAGUUGCAAUGUGGGAUGCCGAUUUCUAUGUUAAGGUGGAUGAUGAUGUCCAUGUCAAUUUAGGUGUUUUGGCAACAACGCUUGCUCGUCAUCGUUCAAAACCCAGAAUCUACAUUGGUUGUAUGAAAUCAGGGCCUGUUCUUUCUCGAAAGGAUGUCAAGUACCAUGAACCUGAGUUUUGGAAGUUUGGAGAGGAGGGAAACAAAUACUUCCGACAUGCAACUGGGCAGAUAUAUGCGAUUUCUAAGGAUCUGGCCACUUACAUUUCCAUCAACCAGCCAAUUUUGCAUAAAUAUGCUAACGAAGAUGUUUCACUUGGUUCGUGGUUUAUCGGUCUUGAAGUCGAGCAUAUAGACGAACGCAGUAUGUGUUGUGGGACACCCCCAGAUUGUGAGUGGAAGGCGCAGGCCGGUAACAUAUGCGUGGCGUCAUUUGACUGGAGCUGCAGCGGAAUCUGUAAGUCAGUGGAGAAGAUUAAAUUUGUCCACUCAAAAUGCGGCGAAGGCGAUGGAGCUGUAUGGAGUGCUCUACUAUAGAUAUAUUCUGAAAGAGAGAACUUAGAAAAGGGAGUAAGGGACUCUGAUUGUUUAAUAGCAGCUGAAACAAAUAACAAUUUUUGGAUUUGAGCUCUGAGAUGGAAUGGAAGAAUCAAGAAUGCAUCGGGUAAUUAGAGCCAGCAACCGAAGCAGGUUCAUUGAUUUUGGAAGCUGUUAACUGGAGUUAGCAAUGGCUUGAAUGUGGAUUUCAGGAUACAGAUUUCUUCAGAGUCCACAAUACCUUCCGGUCUUAUUUUUUAGUAUGGAAGGAUAUGAAUCAAUACAAGGUGUUAUGUUAUUUGUACGUAACGUUUCUGUGUUUGUAGUUGAAGUGAGGUUACUUGAUUUUUUGUUCUUUGUAGUAGUGAAUGAUAGCAUUGUAUUGUAACUUAUACUGUAUGUUAGAAUUUCGAUAUGCUGAAAUCACAAGUUCCACUAA